AUGGUGCUGGGAUACGGGCAGCACGUGGCUGUGGAUGAGGCUGAAACGUAUAUCCACUCCUCCCUGCCGACACCCUCAGAAUUCUGUCCCUCUCCUGCGCCAGACGGCCCACCCCGUUCCCGGCGGACACUUCCAACGACCACUUGUCCCCACCGGAGGCCCCCGAGCUUGCCCAAACUGUCCGCAAGGCCCCGGCCCGAGAACCUCAAGGCCCCUGCCCCCCACCAUCCAGGUGAGGCCCACCCCCAGCCGCUCGACGAACCCCCGAUUCCACACAUUGCCCGGUCCGGUCCUCCCCAAAGCCCCGGCCGGCUGGGGCGCCCUCCCCAGCGAGGUGUCCUAGCACGGGAAGCGCCUGCGGGGCGCGCCGGGCGGCUCCUCGGCCAGGGCCAGGCUCGGGCGCCGAGCACCGACGUGGCCGUGGGAGCGUGCGCGUGGCGGGACCGGGCCCCGGCGUCCCCUCCGGGCUGGCGGGUGGCGGGGGAAGAAGAUAGGACUGGGCGGGGAGCCGCUCACCUCCCUCGGCGCGACGGCGACUCCGCCCGGCUUCGGCUCCCUGCGCGCGGCCACUCCUCGGCGUCCCGCGCCCGCUCUGAAUAUACCCUCAUCCGGGGGGCCGGGACGGCGGGGCGGGCCGCGAGCUGGCCCGGGGNCCCCGCCCCCCGGCCACCCCGCCCCUCUCUUGCAGCUACGAGUGGCUACCCGCGCCGGGAGGAGCCGCCACCGCCCGCCCGGCCACGUCAGCGCCGCGAGCGCCGGCGGCGAGGAAACCGCCGAGGGGGCGGGGCCUUGCGCGUCACUUAUUCCCUGGCCCAAUGGGGACGGCGCUGGGAGUCCGGUCCGCGGGCGGCUCCGGUCCGCGGGCGGCCCCGCCCCCCCGGCGCGCGGCGGCCGGGGAGAGGUGUGCGCUGCGUCAGCUAG